AAUAAUGGCGUCACGGCACAAAUGUGUGGAGCUCCAGCAAGUCCUCUGCAACUUUCUCAUGCUGCUGUCAGGAAGUGAAGCAGCUAGGAUACUGAUUGGGAAAGCCAAGGGGAUUCAGGAAAUCAUGACCGUCCUGAGAAUUUACAUGGACAACAGUCACGUCUGCAUUCCCUGCUGUGGUGCUCUGUGGAGUCUCGUGGUCACCAAUGAAAAUGCACAAAUCGCAAGGACUGAAAAUAUGCUGCAGACUAUUCUGCAGGUCCUGGAGAAACACAUCCAGAAUGGUGACGUGGUGGAGUCAGCCAGUGCAGCACUGUGGGUCCUGUCCUUACAGGAGCCCUUAAAUGAUGAGCAAUUGGAGGAUAUCACCCUGCUGUUAAUUGAAGCUCUUGACCUCCACCUGCGAAAAGAAAUCAUUGUGAAAAAUAUCUGCUUCGCUCUGUCUAGCUUAAUUCGAUUGUCAGAGCUCGUGGCAUUCCGGAUCCUGGUGCCAGAAGACCAUCUGGAUGGAUUGGCUCUGAUCGUUCAGAGUUACCACAUCCAUUUCACUGACCCAGAGGUGGUGCAUGAUAUAUGCAUGGUGUUUCAGGAAAUGGUGCAGUACAAGGACGUGGUGCCUGAACUGAUCUCUCAGAAACUAGAUGUAACACUGAAUGCGAUCAAAGUCAAAUUCGCUUCAAACGAGGAUAUUGUCACUGUGCUGGAUUCUACACUUUCAAAAUUGCAGGCAGCAGAGACAGGUGCUCAGAAUGAAGACAGCAGGAACACGAAGGACUCCGUUUAAUUUAAAAUCAUGUUUUUAAUAAACAGAAGAAUGAGUCCUAGCAUGGUCAGUGCAGAUGACAGUUUUUCUGCUUCAUCGCCAAUCUUCAGUCACAGACAGCUGUCAAAGUGCUCUCAAUCUCAAUAACAUAAGCAAGCAGCAAUUCUACUGCUGCAGGCUCCCGCAACUCAAGCUUCGCGAUAAUCAC